UUAUGGGUCCGUUUCUUACCUAAGAACCGAAGAUAAAGAUGGUAAUAUUCAUCUUACCUUCAUUAUGGCCAGAUCUAGAGUUGCACCAAAGCGUCGACAAACCAUACCAAGACUAGAGCUGUGUGCUGCAUUAAAUGGAGCACAGGUAGCUAAACUCUUAGAAAAUGAGCUUACUUUAACAAUAAACCAAGUGGUUCUGUGGUCUGAUUCCACAACUGUGUUAUCCUGGCUUCAGUCUGAAUCCUGCCGCUUUAAAGUAUUUGUGGGAACCAGAAUAGCCGAAAUCCAAGAAUUAACUGAUCGCCAUUCUUGGAGGUAUGUGGACUCCAACAGGAAUCCAGCAGAUGAUAUCACACGGGGUCGAACACUAGCUGAAUUGUCUGUACCACACAGAUGGAAUCAAGGCCCAUUAUUCCUUUAUGAACCUGAGUCAGAAUGGCCAGUAAGGCCGAAUAUUACGGUUCCAGAAGUUGAAGCAGAGCAACGGAAGAGUGUCUUUUGUGGUAGUAUGGUGACGUCUCCUCUAAUUCCUAACCCUAAGGAAUACCAUACAUGGAGGGAACUAGUAGAAGCUGUAGUUCAAAGAAGGGGUGAUCAAACUAGUCCUACCGCUGAAGACUAUCGAAUGUCAGAAUUUCUUAUCUUUCAAAAUUCACAGUUAGACAGUUUUCCUGAGGAAUAUAUGUUGCUGAAGAAUGGAAAGCCUGUUCCUGCCACCAGCCGACUUCUUACUUUAGCACCAGAGUUUGACACAUCAUGUCAGCUUAUCCGAGUUGGAGGGCGAUUGCGCCGUAUUGAAGAGAUUGAGCAGUUAUCAAUUCAUCCUAUUGUUUUAGACCCUCACCAUCCAGUAACUAAAUUAAUUAUUCAAGAAUAUGAUGCCAAACUUCAUCAUCCAGGUCCCGAGAGAGUGUUUGCCGAAUUAAGGAGAAAUGUCUGGAUCCUAAGAGGCAGAGAAGCAGUUCGCAAAUUCCAACAUACUUGCACCGAUUGCCGUAAACAGAAGGCAAAGCCCCUUAUCCCUAAAAUGGCAGACCUACCCCUAGCAAGAUUGAGGCUUCAACAACCUGCCUUUUUCAGCACUGGCAUGGACUGCUUUGGACCGUUUCAGGUUAAGAUAGGUAGGCGUUGUGAGAAGAGAUGGGGCAUUAUCUUUAAGUGUCUCACUACCCGAUGUGUGCAUUUGGAUGUUCUCAAUAGUAUUGACACAGAUUCCUUCCUAAUGGCACUCCGAAGGUUCAUAGCUCGAAGGGGCACACCCUACGAGCUACUGUCUGACCAAGGCACAAAUUUCCAUGGUGGAGAGAGGGAGUUAAGAGAAACAUUUUCCACCCUUAGUUCAGAGCUUCAGAAAUUGCUUGCAAAGCAAAAAAUCAAUUUCCGUUUUAACCCACCAGGAGCACCACAUUUUGGUGGCGCAUGGGAGAGAGAAAUUCGGUCUGUGAAGCAGGCCCUUUAUACCACAGUAGGUUCACAGUCGGUGUCUGAAGAAGUACUUAAAACCGUUCUCAUCGAAAUAGAGGGAAUCUUGAACAGUAAGCCUCUGGGGUAUGUGUCAUCAAACAUUGCCGACUUGGACCCAGUUACACCUAAUUUCCUGUUGAUGGGGCGGCCUGAUAGUUCUCUACCACAGGUUGUCUAUCCCGUUAAUGAGCUGAUGGGGCGGCGGAGAUGGAGACAGAGUCAAGUGCUUACUGAACAAUUCUGGUCAAGUUUUGUCAAAUACUAUCUACCCAGUUUACAGGCCAGACAGAAGUGGCAUAAGGAGCCUCAAAACCUACGAGAAGGAAUGGUGGUCAUGCUCGUUGAUCCUCAGCUUCCUCGAGCACUUUGGUUAAUAGGCCGAAUUGUUAGAACCUUGCCCAGCCCAGAUGGUCAUGUAAGAGCUGUAGAGGUGAAGGUGAAGGAUAGACUCUAUACUAGGCCUGUUGCUCGUCUUAUUCCCCUUCCAGACAUUGAACAUCAGGACUCUGAUACUAAUAAAUCAUAAGUUUAAUUUUUUUUUUUUCUCUCUGUUUGAAAUAAAUAGCAAAUAUGCAUAGCAUAUUUGGGGGCGGCAAUGUUAGAGAGAUAUUAAUUAUAAAGAGACACGGAUCACAUUAAAAGGUGCACCUCCCAGCAGGCACGAGAGUGUCUAUUAUGGGAUGUUAAAAAGGCGAAGAAGGUGCACGAGUGCCGCAAUAGUCAAUUCCGCAUUUGUUUGAUAUAAGUAAGAAUCAGCAGUGUACCGAGUUAAGAUAAGUGUGCGUUGAUGACCAGAGACCACACAUACAAAUCCACCUAUACCUAUUCGAGUACAGGUGUAUAUCUCCAAAUAAAUGAGUUCAAUUUCAAUCUAAGCUGCUGUGUGGAAUUCUCUGCAUCAUUUACCAGUGUCCUGAUCGACACUCUGGAGUGAACACAAUAAGUCCUGAACAUACUAAAGAUAUAGUGGUCCUUUGUUACAACAGGAAAAUAAAGUAACAGCACCAAAAAAGUGCGCGACCCGCGUCAUCCACAAUAAACUCGUGAAUGUCCGAUUUGCUGAGCCGCCGCCUCCUCCUCCACGUAGCGCUCGAUCCCCAACAUUUAAAAGCGAACCACGCGGCGUCAGGCACCUCCUCAAAUUUAAAGCCGCUCAGCAUGUCGCGAUCUUCCUCAGUGCUGGCAUUCCCACCCGUACGCGAUCCCCACGUUCGACUUUGUCUCACCUUCCGCACCUUUAAUUGAUCUUCUGGUCGUGAAAAAGUCUGAGCACGAGGGUUUCAUAAAAGCAAACAGAGAGGAACUGCAGCGAGAAGUGUAUUGCUGCAGACCGGAGACACUAUGGGCGGAUCUGAAGCCGGGAUAACUGUAAAUGGAAGUGGAUAGUAUUGGCUAAUUCAGAAUUUCAACGAAUGAGAUUGUUGUUAAAGUAUGACAAUCAAAAAGUCGCUCAACGUUUGACGUUGUCUAUUAAGUGUAACUUGCACCGAUCUUUUCACAGUUAGUGAUCCCUACCGCUUUGAGGUUCCCCCUCAUAGAGUUUCCUUUUAAAUAGCCUUGCGCUGUACUAAGCAACGAAACUCUGUUAAAGAAAAGAAGACAAAGACGAAGCAGCAGCGAAGAAACUCUAUUAGACCAAAGAAGAAGCGACGAAACGAAUUGUUUGUUAUUUCUGAUAAUGGAAGAUCAAAAUACCACAGACAUUCGGUCCGUACUUCAAUCUUCAGAUGUGUUUUUGUGCCCUUUCUGUCAUCCGCGACUGGAUUCUUCACGCUCGUAUAUACCAGCAAACGAACCCUUGCGAGAUCACCGCAGAACAGCAGUUUCCUACGGAGCAAACUUGCAACAAGAAUAUCAGCUGACAAUUGGAUAUUAAUGAAAAAUAAGUCAGGGCCAAGAAGAUCAUGGCAGCAGUGAACUCGUUGAGGAAUCUACUGAUACAGCCACACCAAGGUAUUAAUGUAGAACUUCGUCUACCACUGUGGUUUGAUACUUGGUUCAACUUGAGUAAAAACCUUCAACAUGGUAUGAAGGAUUGUCACAAGCUUUGGGACCCGUUGUCACAUGGGGAGUGUUAGAUUGGUUAUUUUGAUGAUUAGAAUAAAAAUAUCUUCAAAGCUUUUCUGUGACUUGCAUAUUACUUUAGCCAGUGUCCGGACUGGAGCAAUCCUAAUACUCUGAAGUAAUGGAUGUGUUCAGAAAAACUAUUGAGAUCCCAUCCAACAGGAGUUUUUGUAGUGAUCCACAGAGUAAUCCUCACAGUUUCAACUGUCUUCCAAUGUGUCCACUUUUCUGAAGAAACACAAGUGUUCAGACCAAAACCAGACAGCUUGCAUAAGACAAAUACUCCAUGCGACAGUCUGAUGUAUUUAUUUGUGUGUCCACCGUGUAGGAGAGCAGGCUGGCUGUGUGGCUGCAGUGGGGCAGCUGACUGAAGAACAAGUGGCUCAGGUUUAUGAGGCUGCAGAGAUCAGCAGGGCCUACAGGAGGACUAAACAUGAGAAGCUGUUGGAGUUCAUAAUAAAGGACCAUGGAGCAGAUGAUCACUUGCUGUUAUACAGACAGUUGAGGGGAUUUCUCUGCCAGAGGCUGAAAAUCUGUUCAUGGAUGGACCAGCAGACGGUGAGUGUUACGUCAUGUCGAAAAUAAACAGUCCUUUCUUUUUCUUUUCAGCGCCAUUAUUCUGUUAAACAGAAUACCCUAUAGUUGUUGUGAAUUUAGACAAGAAUAUAAACUAAAUAUAUAUAAA